CAGAGUGAAAAGGUUUAAUUAGACGAUGAAGAAUGUUUGAUACUUCCUCGUACAUGUGUAAGUUAAAGAUUGAGCUGCCGGUGUCUGAUCCUCAGACGGUGAUGAAGAUGCUUUAAUGUUUUUGUCAUAUUGAUUGACUGGAGUGAGUCUGAGAGGUCUGACUUCUGUAGUGCUACUACUUUAGUACUUUAAAUGUAGUCCAACUGAACUUUCACCCAGUUUUCUCUCUCCACCCUUCAAACCUUGAAAAAUCAAGGGCGUCUGAGGGUUUUGCUCAUAAGCUCACUCGUGCACGAUGUCAAACCCCAGAAAAGUGGUCGAGCUGUUCUAUGACGUGGUCUCUCCCUAUUCCUGGCUGGGAUUUGAGGUACUGUGUCGCUACAGAAAUGUCUGGAACAUCGACCUCAGAUUUCGCCCUGCAUACUUAGGUGGAGUCAUACAUCUGUCAGGUAACAAACCACCUGCAACAGUCCCAAAUAAGGCUCUGUACAUGACCUCCGAUCUGGAACGACUGGCCCGCUACUGCAGUGUACCUGUGUGCUUUCCCGCGAACCCCUUUGAGGCUAUGUUUGAGAAAGGCUCUCUCAAUGCUAUGCGCUUUCUGACAGCUGUCUCAGAGAAGGAGAAGGUGGGAGAUAGUCUGGUAGAGAAAGUGUCUAGAGAGCUUUGGAAGCGAAUCUGGAGUACCGACCAGGAUAUUACUGAGCCAGCGUCUCUCUCAGAGGCAGGCCUAAAUGCCGGUUUCUCGGCCAGUGACGUGGAAGAACUACUCAAACUGGCCAAAUCUCAGCAAAUCAAAGACAAACUGAAGCAAACUACAGCUGAAGUGAUGGAACACAAGGCGUUUGGCCUUCCUCUCGUUGUGUGUCACGUGGAUGGAAAGACAGAGGUGUUCUUCGGCUCAGACAGGUUUGAGCUCAUGGCUUACUGCAUAGGAGAAAAAUGGCUGGGACCUCAACCUGACAAACCCACAGCCAAAAUGUGAUGUAUCUGUUCUGCCUCAAACAGUUACAUCUUAACCUUUAAAUACAUUUUCUUACUUGUCAGCAGUCUCGUUUACAUGCUGAGUAGGUUUAAAACAUUACUUUCAAAUUGUCGCUGUCCAAAACAAAACAAGACAAAAAAAACCCACAAGUAUCUCCUUUUUUAUAUUUGACCUCAACAUCUGUCCUGUACAUUGUGUGAGUAUUGCGUGACGAUUGGACCGGUACGAUCUCUCUACGUUAACUUACAUUGAAAGUUUUUGCCUUUUCCUGUAAAGUCACCAUUUUGCACCAGUUGUUUUUCUCUGGACAGCGACAAAAUACUCCUGAGCCUUAAUUCAGUCAAAUAACCCCGUAUGCACUACAGAUGAAAAUGUAUUUAAUAAAGCAUUUGCAUUAAAUAA